ACCAGCACCGCAUUAUGCCUCGCUGCACGCUUUCCACAAUGUGGCGCCGUGUCCUAAAAACGUCAUCACGCAAUUCUGUAAAAACUCACGUCGGUCUCAGGGUUUCCAUAGUAACUUGUACACAGACUGCCGUCUCCAUAGCAGCCGUAGUACACUAGCGCCAGGACUGCCAUCAUUAUGAACGUCCGGACCUUCAGCUCCUCUGUGCGGGUCGGGAACUGGAAUGAGGAUGUGUAUCUGGACGAGGAUCUCUUGAAAGAUUUCUUAGAAAAAAAAGAAAAGGGAGAACUACUGGUACAAAAGUCAAGCAAUCUGAAGAAAAAUGUUUUAAAAAAGACAGAGCUUUCCAUUUCUAAGGAUGGAUAUCUUCAUUUUGGAGAUUCGGUUAUGUUACUGAAUCCAGAGAACAAUGAACAGUCGCUGAGUAAUCCAUCUCCAGUAGACGGUAACUACACCCUGUCUGUAAAUCCAGAAGAAAGUGCAAUUCAUGCAAAGAGCCACCUGACAGCACCAUGCGGGGUCAGUGCCAGCAGCAAUGUGAAACCCUGUGGCAGAAACGCCUUCAUUAUUACAAGUGUAGAUGGUAGUGAACCUGGAGAACCUUUGUGCUAUGGACAGAAUUUUGCCUUGAGGACAGCCGAGGAUUUCAUGGGCCAUUUACAUCUGACAAGUGACCGUAAAUCCUUUCUUAAGAGCAGUAAAAAGUCUCAUCUGCAAGAGGUCAGCUUAACAGACCAGCAUUCAUAUGAGACCAGCUGGCAGGUGGUUUACCUGGACCCACAGCUUAGGCUAGAACAUGAAGGACUACCUGUUCCGGCGAACACUAAAGUCCUUAUUGUUCACAGUAAAACAAAUCAGUGCUUGGCUGUGCUCCGGAAAUAUAUACUAUGGACAUUAUUUGGCAAGGAAUGUGAAAUCACAGCACACACAUACUUAAACGGACACAAAGUUGAAGAGAAUGAAAAUCAUUGGAUUAUUGUUACUGGAAACCCCAGUGAUGACCUAAACACAAUGUUUGAUAGACCUAAACCACCAAGCAAAGACAUGAACGAAAGCAACCCGGUUUCAUAAGCUGCAGUAGAACUUCCAUAUCUUGCAAUAGUAUGCAGCUCCUUGCAUUCUAAUUACAAUCAAAACAAAAAUAAAACAUAAAUGUUAUUAAAAAUUUUUUAUGUCAAUUGA